AGAUAAGGAUGCCAGACGCAGAAAAGCACAAACAGCACAUAUCGUCGCAAUUACAGUUAUUAUUGUUGUUGUUGUCGUCGAACAGCAGCAGCAGCAGCAAAUGUGUUGAUAAUAUACAUUCUCAGCCUUUCUAAAUGGCCAGAGAAAUGCAAUUGAAAUUGCCAUCGAGCUACCAGCUACACAACGGCAGUUAAUACCAGCAGCAGCAGUAGCGCCUACGCCUCUCAACUACAACAGCAGCAGCAGCAACGAAAGAAAGUUACGUGAACAAAAACAUCACAAGAACUUCGACACUAAGGCAAACACACCAACAAAAAAAAAAAACUCAUUGUGUGAAAUGACAGCAAAGACAAACAACAACAAAAUUAACAAGAAGAACAAAAAACAGCCAGUUGCAAUGAAUGUGAAGAAACGGCCACGUCUGGAGCUGGCCACAGCUGCAACAACAACAACACCAACGCCACUAACAACAACAGCAACAACAACAACAGACGUCGCACUUUAUGGGAACGUUAAUGGAAAUCUGAGCAGCACAACAAAUGGUUUAUUUCUGACCAGCAGCGUUGUGGGUGGCAUGGGAAUGGGAAUGGGAGACGGUGCUCAAAUCUAUUUGACCAUUUGUGGCGACGAUGAUAACUCGAAUGAAUCUCAAGAGUUUUAUGCCAUCGAGAGCAUUAAGCAGGAGCCCGAUUUGGAUGCAUUGCAUGCGGCACAUUGCAUGCUGCCCACAAAUCUGCAGCUGCCAACUGGUUGUGAAAUCUAUUUAGUUAAGGACAACACGACUGCGACGGCUGCUGCAACAACAAUAGCCGCAACAACAACAACAGCAAACAAGAUAAACCACAGCAGCCACAACAAUGAGCAUUUGGCGUCCAUCAAACUGGAGCCGGACUCCACGAAUGUGUUGUUCAUGAGUGGCGGUGGCGGUGGCGGUGGCAACAACAACAACAGUAGCAACGGCAAUUUAAUUGUGGCCAAUAAGGAUACGGCUGCAGUAGCGCCAUCUGUCGGCGGCAGUGGAGGCGUCGGCAACUACAAUGUUAAGCUGGAUGCGUACAAGAAACGCGACGAUAAACGUCGUGCCACCCAUAACGAGGUGGAACGACGUCGUCGCGAUAAAAUCAAUUGCUGGAUCUUUAAGCUGAAGGAGAUGCUGCCAACGGAUGGCAAUCGUUAUAAGCCAACAACGAACAGCAUGGCCGAUAGCUUAGAGACGACGACAACGACGGCAACGGCGACGACGUCGCCAACUACGACGAGCAGCAGCAGCAGCAUGAAAAGUAAUCCAAAUGCAAAUGGAAGUGCAAAUGGACGCACACCGCCCAACGAUUCGAAAUCGCAAAUACUGAUCAAGGCCUGUGACUAUAUUAAAAGCAUGCAAAACGAAAUCGAUAACUUACGCGACUGUUUGCGUGAGGCGGAGAGUCUGCGUUUGAGCAAUCAGGCAUUGCGCGAUGAGCUGCAGCAUCUGAAGCAACAACAGGAGCUGCAGGAGCGUUUCAAUACCGCUGGCGGUUCAUUCAACGUAACGCUCAAUUCGCUGAAUAGCUCAGCUACUAGUGACCUCUUCGAUGGCAUCGAUACGGCACCAAAUCUAUCAACGGUCUCAUCGAUUAAUUUCACCAAACGCGGCCUCAUCAUCGCUGACUACGAUGAAUGAAGUGCGCGUGCGCGCCAUAUUUGAAUUUCAUUCGAAUUCAAAGAAACUACAAGAAAACUAUCCAACCAUCAUCAAACAUUACUAUUAUUACUCAACCAAAGAACAAUGCGUAACAACAGGAGAACAACAAUAGUCAUUAUAUUAACAUUUAUAUACAUACGUGUGCAUACACAUAUGUUUGUGUGUAUGUGCCAUAAUCUCAAUAAUAUUGUAGAUGGAUGGAUGGAUGAGGGUGAUGCGGGCGCUGCUUCGGUUGCAGCCGAAGAAAUCUUUAUUGUUAUCGCUGAUAUUUCUUCCGUUUGUGGUAACACACACACACACACCUAUUGUUGUCAUCCCCUUCCUUCUUACUUCCCGCAUAUUAGUACAAUACAGUAUAUAUACAUACAUAUACAACCAUUACACAUAUUUACAUGUUGUCUAUUUAAACAAAACAAAAGAAAACAAAACAUAAGGAAUACCGAAAACUAUUUCAUAUUUUGAGCAUAUUGUGCUUGUUUUUCGAUUUUAUUGUAAUUGUUACUCGCACUAAUUAAAUAAUGUAAAGUAUUUGUAAUAUCUUAAAACAACAAUUAUCUAUAACUACAUAUACAAUUAUAUUAUAUAUAUAUAUAUAUACAUAUAUAUUAUUAUUAUUAUAAAUAUACAUAAGCGGUUACCAAAUGUCUUGUGGCCAACGACAACAACAACAACACAAAAUAUCUCCACUUGUCCGCGUUAUGCAUUUGGUGAGCUUUUUUGUUGUUGAUGUUGGCCUCCUCCCAUCUAUCUCUCAUGCAAAUGAAAGAGACAAAAACCAUUUACCGCAAUCAGGCCAAUCAUUAAGCAAGCAAGAGAGUAUGUGUAUUUUGAAGAAGCGGUAACAUGAGUUAGACAGAGAAAGAGAGAGAGAGAGAGUAUGUUGUGUGCGUGCGUCGUCGAUCUUCAAUACAUAUGCACUUCGCUCUUGCGCAGUGGUGUGUACAGAAAAUAACGAUAUUGUUAAAAGAAAAUUGUAAAAAAAAUUUUGAACAUAUAUAUUGUUGUGAAUCGUUAGAAAAUUGUUUUUGGUAUAACGUUGAUAAAAAGUGCAAUUCGUGUUACUUGUUGCUAUCUACAUAUAUACCAGUUAAUAAUUCUAU